AUGGGAAGCUCUUGUUCAUCUAGUAAGGCAGCACAUGUCGAAAGCAAUAGUGUUCCUGAGACGCCACGGGACCAACAAAACAAUAUCAACAACAACAACAAUACGGAAGGGGCUUCAUCCGAGCAGGUGGAAGCAAAACAGGACAAUUUACAAACGAAUUCUAAUGCAGCUACCGAUACUCAAAACAAUCAGACCACAGUAUCGGCAAUAGAGGCAAAAGAGCAACUCGAGGAUGUUAUCGAGGAGCUCGGUUUGCAGCAUCAAGAGACAACUGCAAACAAUAAUCAAACAAAAGAACCCGAAGAUGAGGAAUUAAAUCAACUUAUUGAGGAAGAGAUGAAAAAGAUGGAACAUGAUCAUCUUUUGAAAGAGCAAGCAGAAAAACAGGAGAAAGUGUUAGAUGAUAUCGAGAAAGAUUUUGGAACCCUGCCGAACAAGGAAGACAUCGAACAGGAUAGGGAUGUUGUUGAAGGAGAGUUAAAAACAGAGGAAUCCGUGUAA